CAUCAUAUAUACGAAUUACACGCUCCGUCAAGACCCUCGAAAUUUCCCAUCUUUAAUUGCGACUGAAGAGCACAACAACAGCACUUGAUCACAAUGUCCGACUUGUCCCACCGCAAAUCCCUAUCCGGCGCCUUCGCCAGCACCCUAAAGCCCCCACCCCCACCCCACCCCUCAACCCACGGCACCUGCCACCACCCCACCCCCUUCCAAACCUACGCUCUCUCCUGGUCCGCCUACCCCUCCCUCCACGGCCCCUCCAUCGCCGUUGGCUCCACAAGCGAAGCCUUCGAUAACAAGUUACGGCUGUUGAGCACGGUUGAGGUUGAUAAGGAGGAGAGAGGAGGUGGAGGGGUGGAUUUGGUUGUGCAUGGGGAGAUUGAGGUUGGGUAUCCGCUGACGAAGUGUAUGUGGCAGCCUGUUGAUGGGGGGAUGGGGAGUGUGGAGGUGCUUGCGGGGACGAGUGAUGCGUUGAGGUUGUGGGAGGUGUGCGAGGCUGAGCCGGGGAAUAAGAAGGGUGGGUUGAAGUCGAAGGCUGUGCUGUAUAACAAGAAGAUCGAGCAUGCGGCGCCGUUGACGAGUAUGGAUUGGUGUACUCUGAAUCCGGUGAAUAUUAUCACGAGUAGUGUGGAUACGACGUGCACCCUUUGGGAUUUAAACACAGGACAAGCAAAGACGCAACUGAUCGCGCACGAUAAGGAGGUGUUUGAUCUACAAUACGUCGCGGGAAGCACAGACGUGUUCGCGAGUGUUGGCGCGGAUGGGUCGGUCAGGAUGUUCGAUCUACGUGCAUUGGACCACUCAACAAUUAUCUACGAAUCACCCUCCUCAACCCCGACACCACUACUCCGCCUUUCUGCCUGCACGCGGGACGCGAACCUCCUCGCAACAUUUCACCUCGACUCACCCACAAUCCACAUCCUCGACGUACGAUCACCAGGCGCGUCAGCGAUCGACCUCACUGCCCACGACUCAACCGUAAACUGCGUCCAAUGGGCUCCCGGCUCUCGAAACGUCCUAGCCUCCGGCGGCGAAGACGGGCAAGUCCUCGUAUGGGAUCUCAAAGCACUGAGCGGUGCAGCAGGGGGAGAUAAGGAGAGGGAUUCGACACGGGUGUUGAGGGAGCCGUUGUUAAGUUGGACGGGAGAGGGUGAGGUUAAUAAUUUGGGGUGGAGUGCGGCUGGGGAGUGGGUGGGUGUUGCGUGGGGGAAGUGCGUGCAGGGGUUGAAGGUGUAAGACGUG